AUGUCGGCCGCUAUACUCCCCUUACCCGGCGCGGACCAGCCCGACGAAAAUCGAGGGCCUGAAAUUGCUGGUGCCGUGGUAUCGACGACUAUAGCUGCGCUGGUCGUUGUUUGCGCAAGGAUAUACGUCCGCUUACGGAUGAUUCGAAGUAUUGGAAUAGAUGACUAUGUUAUGCUUGUGGCUAUGUUGCUCUCCCUCAUUGGAAUGGGAAUCAUUAUCGCCCAGGUUCACUACGGAGCUGGUCGCCAUGCUGCAUAUCUCGAUCAGGAAGUACCAUUGGAUAAAGCCGUCAACAUUGUUACAGAUUUAUUUUUUGCGCUCUUACCAAUUCCAAUUCUUUGGAAUGUGAAGAUUAAUGCUCGUACCAAAGCUUCACUUAUAUGUGUCCUUGGUCUCGGUGUCUUCGCAUGUGCAGCAGCCAUCGUCAAAGCCGCCUUUCUUUCAAGCUAUGGAAAAUCUGGUGACUUCUUGUGGGACUCGGCCAACUUAAGUAUAUGGGUCGUGGUCGAAACAAACACAGGGAUCAUCGCCGCGUGUCUACCAUGUAUAAAGCCGAUGUUCAAAACCAUAUUCGAAAGUUCUCUUCGCUACAGAUCGUCUCGCAAGAAAGACGAAUACAAUCUCCACGAUUAUGCUCAUAGCACAGGCCCUAAGGGAUCCAAAUAUUUACACACCCAGACAAGGACAGAGAUAGACGCCCGGCGCGUAGCUGUUCCUAACGGCUUGGCAGACAAUAUAAGCGAGGAGAGCAUCUUGACGCAGAAGACCAGCGGAAUUACCAAGACAACCAUUGUAACGAUCGAUCGGGACAUCGAAGAAAAUGGUGAGGCAUCAGGAUGGCAUAAGGACUACCCUGAGCGGGUGGUUGAAGACAGGUUGUGA